CUUCCGGGUGAGCGGGUCGUCGACCCCGGGGCCCCGCCCAUCCUUCGCCUCCUUAGUCGGCCGCUCGGGCUGCGGCUCCUCCCGGGGCCGGUUCCCGCUGUCUCCGCCGCGGCGCGGAGGGCACUUCGGCGUGACCGACUAGCCGGCUGCCGGAGCCGAGAGCCGCCGCGUCCGUCCCCGCCCGCCUUGCCGGGGACCCGGGAGUGAGUCGUCAAGCCGCGCCCUUCGCCCCUCGCCCCGGCGGGCGCCGGGCGGGCGAGCAGCGCUUCGGCCCUUCCCGGACGGCGACGCCGUCACAGCCCGCGCCCAAACGCAGAUGUGGGAAGAUAAAUGAAGAGGUCUAGAAGUAAAUGUCAGUGGAAAGGAGAGCUACCAUCACUAAGGGUUGAAAACACAGUUAAAUCACUGUCAAAGUUAAAAGGCUAUUAAGUACACAAGAUGGGGACUCCUGGUUCUGGAAGGAAAAGAACACCUGUGAAAGACCGAUUUUCUGCAGAAGAUGAAGCUUUGAGUAACAUUGCCAGAGAGGCAGAGGCAAGGCUGGCAGCAAAACGGGCUGCCCGGGCAGAAGCAAGAGAUAUACGCAUGAGAGAACUGGAACGGCAACAGAAAGAGUACUCUCAUCAUUCCUUUGAUCGGAAAUGGGGACAGAUUCAGAAGUGGCUGGAAGAUUCGGAAAGGGCCAGGUAUUCCCACCGGUCCAGUUACCAUCGUCCUUAUCUGGGAGUUGAGGAUGCAUUGUCCUUUCGAAGUCUUGGCAGUCACAGGAACCCAUCGAAGGAUGUAACUGGGACACUUUGGAGCAGAGCCAGUAUACCCAAAAGGAAAGAUCCCAUGUGUGAUAUGUUCAAGGAUAGAUCAUCAAGACUUUCAUCAUUAAAUCAUUCUCAUAGUCACUCUCAUGGAAUGAAGAAGAGGUCUUCUGGUUCUCAUAAAGACCCACUGAGUGGCCUCUACUUUGACCAGAGAAACUAUAGCAGUCUUAGACAUAGCAAACCCACCUCUGCCUACUACACUCGGCAGUCUUCUUCCCUGUACAGUGACCCUCUGGCAACAUCUAAGAGUGACAGGGCCUCUCCUGCAAAUUCUGGUCUGCUGAGAAGUGCCAGUCUGGCAUCAUUGUACAGUGGUGGAUUAUAUAACCCUUAUAGUUCUCGAACUCCAUCUGAAUGCAGUUAUUACUCAUCAAGAACAAGUUCAGCCCGAAGCAGUCCAGUGUUUACCAACGAUGACACCGCAAGCAUUGUGUCUUCUGAUUGUGCCAGUCGUGGACGAAGGGAGAGUGUGGUUUCUGCCGCCAAUUAUUUUAGUCGCGCCGAUCGUAGGGGAAGUGUUGUCUCCGAGGUAGAUGACAUCAGUAUCCCAGAUUUGUCCAGCUUGGAUGAAAAAUCUGACAAACAGUAUGCUGAAAAUUAUACAAGACCUUCAUCUCGAAAUUCUGCCUCAGCAACAACCCCUCUAAGUGGAAACUCAUCCAGACGAGGAAGUGGGGACACCAGCAGCUUAAUAGAUCCGGACACCUCAUUAAGUGAAUUACGGGAUAUCUAUGACCUUAAGGACCAGAUACAGGAUGUAGAAGGGAGAUACAUGCAGGGGCUUAAAGAACUAAAGGAAUCUUUGUCUGAAGUGGAAGAAAAAUACAAGAAAGCCAUGGUUUCCAAUGCACAGUUAGACAAUGAGAAGAACAAUUUGAUCUACCAGGUAGAUACACUCAAGGAUGUUAUUGAAGAGCAGGAGGAACAGAUGGCGGAAUUUUAUAGAGAAAAUGAAGAAAAAUCAAAGGAGUUGGAAAGGCAGAAACAUAUGUGUAGUGUGCUGCAGCAUAAGAUGGAAGAACUUAAAGAAGGCCUUCGGCAAAGAGAUGAGCUUAUUGAGAAACAUGGCUUAGUUAUAAUCCCCGAUGGCACUCCCAAUGGUGAUGUCAGUCAUGAACCAGUGGUUGGAGCCAUCACUGUUGUGUCUCAGGAAGCUGCUCAGGUCUUGGAGUCAGCAGGAGAAGGGCCGCUAGAUGUAAGGCUACGAAAACUUGCUGGAGAAAAGGAGGAACUGCUGUCACAGAUUAGAAAACUGAAGCUUCAGUUAGAAGAGGAACGACAGAAAUGCUCCAGGAAUGAUGGCACAGUGGGUGACCUGGCAGGACUGCAGAAUGGCUCAGACUUGCAGUUCAUUGAAAUGCAGAGAGAUGCCAACAGACAAAUUAGCGAAUACAAAUUUAAGCUUUCAAAAGCAGAACAGGAUAUAACCACCUUGGAGCAAAGUAUUAGCCGGCUUGAGGGACAGGUUAUGAGAUAUAAAACUGCUGCUGAGAAUGCUGAGAAAGUUGAAGAUGAACUGAAAGCAGAAAAAAGGAAGCUACAACGAGAGUUACGAACAGCACUGGACAAGAUUGAGGAGAUGGAGAUGACCAACAGCCACCUGGCCAAGCGACUGGAGAAGAUGAAGGCCAAUAGAACAGCACUUCUGGCCCAGCAGUAGGAAGACCACCCUUCGGCCUGGGUGCUGCUCCUUGGGGCCCUACCUAGAGGGACUGACUUUUGUCCAUUGACACAAACCCCUUUUAGUACUGUUUUGAGUUUUGUCGUUAAAACAGCCACCUUUGUAUUUUAUAAUUUAUGAGCGAAUGAAGCCGGUUUGAAUCUUCGUGAAUGAACACUUUGGAUUUUGUUGUAGUUUGAUUCUAGACUAAGAACCAGUCCAUGCUGUUUAUUUUUUAUCUCCAUAAUUGUAGAAUCAUGUUUACUUAACAUCUUCCCCCAGCUGCCUCAGUAACUGGGCACUCGGAGGCCUUGGCACGGGUUCUGGAGGACAGACAGCAGUUCUGUGAGUGCUGAGAUAAUACUUGCUGGAGACCUCAGAAAACACAAGUGCCUUCUCCACGGUGCAAUUCAGACUUCAGUGAUCUCCAGUGGUCAAAAGACAUUUACCCUUAAUAUCAGACAACAUUUAUAUUUUGGUGAAGAAACAAGUUCUUGGAUGAGGAAUCUGUGUUUCACUCAAAUUUAUAUGUCUGGAGGAAAAAAGCCUUUUUUUUUUGUAAAAUAUUUAAAUUUAUAUAAGAAAAUGUUAGAAAAAAAUACGGGGAAUGUAUAUAAAACUUGCUUUAUUGCAUGGGGCAGGGUAAGUCCAGGCCUAAUACUCUUAUUAAAGUAAGAGUCAGGUCCUUUAUUCUUCAAUACAACUGUGCUGUACCUGGUAAAGUAUUUUAUCUGCUGCUUAUGUGUGGAAUGAAACCUCAAACAAACCCAAAGGGGGAGGGUAGGGAGAGUGGGCAGGUCGGAAAUCAGCCUGAAGAUUCUAUUAAAUACACCCUUUUGCCAACCACAGUUGGCUACUGACAUGUUUGUUACAGGAGACUUUAAAACAAAUCACGGAAACCACAUCUGUCUUCUUUUGUCUCCUUCUCAAGGAAAAAUAAUCUGGAAUGUAGAACUUUUAAAGACUUUAGUUUCAUCUUUAGUGGUACCCUGUCUGAGAGGUUUUUUUAAGUCAUGGAGUACAACUGUUUUGAAGGAUUUAUGAUACUCUUUUGCUCUCAGUAUCCAGGUGGUUUUAUUGAAAUUAUUAUUUUAUCUUUAACGUGUUUACACAGAAAACAUAUUGGGGAAAAUCUAGUGACUAAAGGCACAUGAGAUAAUAAAACUAGACUUUAAAAAGGUAA